UGAUUGGUCCGUUCAAAGAAUACGCGGUUAUAUUCAAAGUUGUCGAAGGAGAAAGAACUCGAAGAAUCCAAUACGCAAUUUUUCUCGAUUUUGACAUGAAAUCUUCAAGCACUCCUUCGCCUUAUCCCCGUAAAACACCAAAGAAAACGCCACGAAAGUCGUCUAAGUCGAAACCGUCUGAUCCAGUAGAGGUAUUUUGUCGCAUCCGACCUCUCAACGAUAACGAUGCCGAAAUUUGCGUCGAGGUCAUUAGCGAGAAUACAAUUCAACUGAACCCACCGCAGAAUUCUCAAGGAUAUAAAUCUGGACACAGAGUUACGGCCACUCAACAUACUUUCAAGAAAGUGUUCGACGAAGACAAUAAUCAGAAGACUGUGUUUCAUACAGUUGCUUGUGACAUAGUUCACGACUUGAUUCAUGGAAAAAAUGGGCUUAUUUUUGCAUAUGGAAUCACUGGAUCUGGGAAAACGUACACUAUGACCGGUGAACCAAGCGAUGGUGGACUUCUACCCCGAGCACUAGAUGUUCUCUUUAAUAGCAUUGGAGGAUUUCAAACAAAGCCUUGUAUAUUUGUACCGGACAAAAGCAAUGGUAUGGAUGUUCAAUGUGAAUCUGAUGCUAAAUUAGAUCAUGAUAGAAAGCAAAAAGAAAUUGCCGCAAUGGCAUCCUUAGCAAGAAACAGAAACAGUGACGAUGACAUUGCAGAUAUGGUUCGAAUACCCGACUGCUUUAAGUUUCAAGAUGUGGACGAAGAUAACGGUUACGCAGUGUUUGUGUCGUACGUGGAAAUCUACAAUAACUUUAUUUAUGAUCUACUCGAAGACAUCAAACAAGAUGUGAUAUGUCCAAAACCUCCCGUUUCUAAGCAACUACGCGAGGACAACAAUCGUAACAUGUACGUACAGGGCGUCACAGAAGUCGAGGUGAAAAGCACCGAGGAUGCCUACGCCAUGUUCUGGAAAGGUCAAAAGAAGCGUCGUGUUGCGAACACACAGUUGAACAUGCAGUCAAGCCGUAGUCACAGUGUUUUUACAUUGAAAUUGGUGCAAGCUCCUCUUGAUCCGGAAGGAGAAAGUGUUCUGUUGGAGAAAGAUGAGGUGCGCGUUAGUACGCUGUCCAUGUGCGAUCUUGCGGGCUCAGAAAGAACGAACAGAACCAAAGCCGAUGGAGAAAGACUAAAAGAAGCUGGUAACAUCAACAAGGAUCUAAUGAAUUUACGGUCAUGUCUCGAGAUCUUGCGUGAGAACCAAUCGAACGGAGAUGGCGGUCAGUCGGGAAAAAUGGUGCCAUAUCGCGAAAGUAGGCUGACUCAUCUCUUCAAGAAUUUUUUUGAUGGUGAAGGCAAGGUUAGGAUGGUCGUGUGUCUGAAUCCAAGUGCCAAAGAAUAUGAUGAAAGCGUGCACGUCAUGAGAUUUGCUGAAAUAACACAAGAAGUAGUCGUGGCUCGACCUACCGGAAUAAAUUACAACAUAGGACUUGCUCCCGGACGAAGGAAAGCCAACGAGCUCUACAAACAAGCCUUGCAAAACAUUAAAGAUGAUGCAACCGAUGCCAUCAACAAAGCAAUUGACCUUAAGCCAUUGAUCACAUUUCCACCGUUUCCUUUGAUGGAGAUAACGAGUCCUGAGGAUUGUGUCACGCUCGUGAAUCUAAUCAAGUAUCUGGAAGAAAGAGAAAAAAUGCGAGUAACGCUUCAAAGAGACUUGGACAGAACACGUGCAGUAUUUCGACAGGAAGUAAUAAAGAGAGAUACUGACAUGGCAGAAAAAGACAGGACAAUAUCAACGCUUCAAGCAUCUAAUGUUGAAAAAGACAGAGAAAUUCAGAGGCUGGAGAAAAAAUUAAAGACAAUCACGCAAAAGAACGACGUAUUACAGAAAACGAACCAACAAUAUGAGGAAAACGCUAGAGAUCUGCAAACUGAGCUUGACGAACAACGUAAGGCAAUCAGUAAAGAGAAACAGGAUCGUAUACGAUUGAAACAAACUUGGAAAGGUGUUGUGACCCAGGAAAGAGAUAAGUGGCAAAAAGAAUGUGAUAAAAGAGUGAAGGAUAAAGAAAUGGAAAUGGAAACGAAGAUUAUUAAAAGCGAAGAGAAGCUACGACAGCUCAAGGAAAUUGUAAACAAAGGUGAAAAGAAGAAUGGGAAAGCUAUAGGGCGUGGUAAAGGGUUCUUUAGAUCUCGUUCUCCUCCUCCUGUUGCCAAGAAGCCCGUUCCGAAGCUGCGUCAUCGCCGUUCAAGAUCAACAGAUUAUUGGCUGGAGCAUAAACCAGCUGAGAAUUUUGAGACCGAAACCAUUCUUCGUCCUGUUUUGAAAAAUAAAAAGACCGUGUCUGUUCCCGAAGGAAAGCAUUUCAGAGAAUCCCAGGCAACGAACUAUGUUCUCGAACAUCAGGAAGCUGAUUCCCAAGGCGAAUUAGAGACGAAAUUGAUCAAGGGAGAUGUGUACAAGACCACUGGUGGUGGACGUUGUGUUCAGUUUACAGAUGUUGAAACACUAAGAACUAACUUUGAAGUUGCCCGUCCUCCCGAAAGAAAACGAAGUCUUCCAAAGGAGAUCGAGGAAAUGGAUGAAGACACUACAUCAAGUUGGACGGAUGUUGAAACAAGGUGUGCUUAUGGUAUUGAGGGAAGACCCGGGCAAAUGGAUCCAAGCAUUCAUCACACCGCAAAGAGAAGAAAAUCCGACGAAUAACAUGCUAUUUCAUUACAUUCGUUUUCAUAGUAUGUGAUGUGCACGAUGUGUGAAAUACUUUUCAAUAUAUUUAUUACUUAUAUAUAUAAACACCGUGGAAUUUUGAGACUUGUUUUUUAGAUCACAGCAUAUAUUUUCACUCUUGUAAAUACAAUAUAUAGUAUUUCUUUUAACCUUA